AGCUAUGAGAGCUGCAGCGAGAAUUGCCCAGGCCUACCUCAUUUUCGCCUGGCGGGUCAGCUCCUCUGUGUUUCAGUCUGAAGCCGUUGGCUGCUAGUGAACCGUUUGGCUCUUUCUCUACUAGCGAGCAACCUUACAAUCUAUCCCAACUGUGCAUCUACUUCCAUUUUAACGGGAUUUACUCAAUUAUAGGCCGGCGUUUUCAAAACACAGUGUUAACUUGGGAGUUAACGCAGUAGAUCGCGGGGUCAGCGGGCCAUUAUAACGUAUUUUUGAGGUUAAAUUGACUGGUGGAAAACAACGGUGGAGGAGAUUCCAUAUUAGGAGCACACAAGAGAAGGCAGCCCUUGUGUGAUUUGGAACCUCCGGUGCUGCUGAGUCUCUGGAACAAGGCCCCGACUUAACAACGUGGUGGUGCUGGUGAAAACAGGCGUAGCGCUGUGGGCCAGGUGCGUGUGUGUGCUGACCUCAUGGUGUAACAAGAGUAAAGAUGAGCAUUAGCAGUGAUGAGGUCAAUUUCCUGGUCUACAGAUACCUACAGGAGUCAGGGUUCUCCCACUCUGCGUUCACCUUCGGCAUCGAGAGCCACAUCAGCCAGUCCAACAUCAACGGCGCGCUAGUGCCCCCUGCUGCCCUGAUCAGCAUCAUCCAGAAGGGCCUGCAGUACGUCGAGGCCGAAGUCAGCAUCAAUGAGGAUGGCACGCUGUUCGACGGGCGCCCCAUCGAGUCGUUGUCGCUGAUCGACGCGGUGAUGCCUGAUGUGGUGCAGACCCGGCAGCAGGCAUACCGCGACAAGAUGGCCCAGCAGCAAGCGGCGGCGGCGGUGCCCUCGUCGACCACCGGGGGCAGCAUCGCUGGCAACGCCAAGAACGGCGAGAACACGGCCAACGGCGAGGAGAACGGAGCACACGCCAUGGCCAACAACCACCCGGACAUGAUGGAGGUGGACGGAGACGUGGAGAUCCCCCAGAACAAGGCCAUGGUGCUGCGGGGCCACGAGUCGGAGGUGUUCAUCUGCGCCUGGAACCCCGUCAGCGACCUGCUGGCGUCAGGGUCGGGCGACUCAACGGCACGUAUCUGGAACCUGAGUGAGAAUAGCACUAGCAGCUCCACCCAGCUCGUUCUCCGUCACUGCAUACGUGAGGGCGGCCAGGACGUCCCCAGCAAUAAAGACGUCACCUCGCUGGACUGGAACAGUGAGGGAACGCUACUAGCAACAGGCUCGUACGACGGCUUUGCCAGGAUAUGGACAAAGGACGGGAACCUGGCCAGCACGCUCGGGCAACACAAAGGGCCCAUCUUCGCCCUCAAGUGGAAUAAGAAAGGCAACUUCAUCCUGAGUGCAGGUGUAGACAAGACAACAAUCAUAUGGGAUGCCCACACAGGGGAAGCCAAACAACAGUUUCCUUUCCAUUCAGCUCCGGCUCUGGACGUAGACUGGCAGAGCAACAACACGUUUGCCUCCUGCAGCACAGACAUGUGCAUCCACGUCUGCAAGCUGGGCCAGGACCGACCAAUCAAAACAUUCCAGGGACACACAAAUGAAGUGAACGCCAUCAAGUGGGACCCCACGGGGAACCUGCUGGCCUCCUGCUCCGACGACAUGACGCUGAAGAUCUGGAGUAUGAAGCAGGACUCGUGCGUCCAUGACCUGCAGGCCCACAGCAAAGAGAUCUACACCAUCAAGUGGAGUCCCACGGGGCCAGGGACCAACAACCCCAGCGCCAACCUCAUGCUCGCCAGCGCGUCGUUCGACUCGACGGUGCGGCUGUGGGAUGUGGAGCGCGGCAUCUGCAUCCACACGCUCACCAAGCACCAGGAGCCCGUCUACAGCGUGGCCUUCAGCCCCGACGGCCGCCACCUGGCCAGCGGCUCCUUCGACAAGUGUGUCCACAUCUGGAACACGCAGACGGGCGCAUUAGUCCACAGCUACCGGGGGACGGGGGGCAUUUUCGAGGUGUGUUGGAACGCAGCCGGGGACAAGGUGGGAGCCAGUGCCUCCGACGGAUCGGUGUGCGUAUUAGACCUGCGGAAAUAGUCUCGCUUUGCUGCUGCUCCUUUGGAAGCCAUGGACCGACCAUGAAUGUGUACAUAGCCAAAAUGACUGUCCCUGGCCCCGUUCGUCGCGCUCACCGCCACCGCAGGCCCCGCCCACCACCACAGGCCCUGCCCACCAAUGGACAGACAGGAAGCAAGGGGGGGGGGGAGGGGGGUGAAGGGGGGAACGGGAAGCAAAGCACCCUGACACAGCAGGUCCACAACGGUUAAACAGAGAGGAUGGACAGACGGAACGGCUGGAUACUGACGGACGGAAUCACACGAGCGCUCCUUCUCCCUCUCUGAUCUGUGCAGUGACUCUAACGGAGACGCAACAAGAGACGCGGUUGGAAAAAUUACAAAAAAAUAACCCAAAAGACAAAAAAAUAACAGAUCUGUAUAUGUACCAAAAUUUGGAGGCUAUUUUGCAUUUUUUUUUUUUUUUUUACUUUAAAGAAUGCUCCUCUUCAUCAUCAAAAGAACCCCACCCCCCCCCACCCCUAAAAAAACAACGUAUGAUCAUUUUGGUUGAGUUGGAUGUCUGUUGACGGCAUAUCAACUUUCACCAUUCAGGAGGGCAGUUGGACUAUGUGUUUCUCAAUUGCUGGUUACAUAUUUCAAUAGGUUUGUUUUUGUUUUGUUGGUCAGGUCAGAGUUGCAAUAAGGCGAGAGGGGCACAUGGCGACCUAACACGACGCUACACUUUAACAAUCACCGUUGUAAAACUUCAGAGAAGGACCAGGCCGGCAUACACGGACGGCUUUACUUUGCAUUGUUGACCCACCAAAGUCCGAACAUCCGCUCCAAAGGGCAGAGCUGCAGUGGGUCCCUGGGGUCGCCCUGGAGCUCUGCUGUGAGCCGAGCAGAGUCGGGAGCCAGUGGUUUGGUGCUCAGAAAAACUGAAACUAGGUUAAAAGUUAAAAGCUGUCUUUGGAUAAGGACUCCCUGUACGGUGUGUCGUUGAUCUGCUGAGCGGUUCUGCUGGAGUCUUUUUGGAUCGUUAAACGGAUCACAAUUGGCAUGUUGUCCAUGUGCUAUUCGCUAGGCAGCCAAACGUUGCUUUCAGUCCUUUUCCUAAGCAUGUCGGAGACAAGAAAAACAUAGACCCACGCCGGCCUUGACACUUGUUCCCUGCUUGUCGGAUAGGCUCUGGAAAGAGCAAACUGUAAGCAGCAUCAGUUGUCUGACACCUGUGUGGGUGUUACACGGCGUUUCCUAAUGUUCCAGGAAACUGCCGUUCUUGACAAGGGCAAGCUGGCACUCAGACGUUACAAAAGAGGUUGUUUGGUUUCAUAGCUGCCAAAAUAAUGUAAUGCUUUCUCAUCCGCAGCAAAUCAUGUGCCGAGCCAAAAACCCUUUUUUGUUAUUGAUCAGCCUGAGGAAGGAAGCAAACUUGUGACAGAACCCAGACCGCAUUAGCCCUGGCACCUCAUCCCUCGUAACAAGAAACCAAAUCAUUGGCGUUAAUCGAACAUGUUUGAUGUUUUAUUUGUUUUUUUUAUAAAGUUGCUAGUUUUUGUGCUCAUUUGGGUUUCCCACUUUCUAAAAACAGAAAAAAAAAGACAAAUUCCGGGGGAGGGGGUGUUGACGGUGGUCAACAGGAGCCAUUCUACCUGAACAACGACCCAUCCCCAUGGACACAUUUGGUUAAACAUUUGUUCAGAUCGCCUUCACACAGCAUAACCAGAGCAGGUGGGCUUUCUCUAUUCAGAAGAUCAGGGCCGGGUAUUGGGACGGGUAUUGGGCUUGGAACGUGCCUGUGUAAACACAACCAAAAGAUUAAUUUGAUUAUAAUCUGAUUGUUGAUCGCACAUUGGAGAAAUUUGCUGGACAUUUUGAAGACACAUUUUUCAUGUUGUCGUCAAAAGUUUGUCACCUUGCAGUGACAGUGCAGCACUUUGGUUGUCUGAGAAAAUUGUGGUUUCAGACAUACCGCGCAAUUCUUAAAGAAAUUAACUCGCGAUUGCCUUAUGGCUUUACAGGUAUGUUUCAUUUAAAAGAAUCAACCACAUACCCCUUCACCCCUGAGCAUGACGAUGUCAGUCAAUUAAAUUGCCACAAAAAACAAGAUUCAACUAUUUCAUCCGUGUUACAUCCUCUGACCAUUGAUGAUUCUUAGACCUCAUUUUGGCCUCAUUACUGCUCAUAUUUUAUUACAAUGUCCCUUCCUGACCAGACAUUUUUAAAAUAACUUUUAAAGUACGAUUUUAAAAAGCAAAAAUGUGUUUGUAAUUUCUUUGUAGAUUGAAAAAAAAUCAAAUUGUUGAGAAUUGAUCAGAAGUCAUUUGUUCCAUGCUUUUGUUACUUAUGGAACAGUGUAAAGGUUGACUCGGUAAUUACUCAGCUGGAAGUAUUUUGUAAUUAAAAUGAAUAAAAAGUAAAAAAAGAUGCCAUUUUGCCUGUAAUUGUGUUUCUAAGAAGCAGAAUUCCACAUUUGACCACACACCUCAUGAGGAGUUGACUUUAGUGCUUUUUAAACGGCAUAAAACUGAACGCUUUACUUUAUUCCCACAUUUCCCCUCAUUACUCAUGCUCUUUAGAAAAUUAAACUGCAUACUUGUGGCUUGCAAAAAACAGCUGCGCUUGUAUGUUCCAAGAAACCUGUUAAUUAUAUUAUUCCUCAAAGCACUUCAGUCAACAGUUUAAAGAUUGUCAAAUUAUUAAAUGUGCGGAAGAAAAUGAUUUUCUUUUGUAAAAAUGAAUGAGAAAGUGUUGACAGGACAUUGCCGAGUCAGCCUUUACUGAGUCUCCCCCGUCAAAUAACAGCGUUUCAGUCCGGCUCCAUCCCUCCCUGCCCCUUUUAUUUGUUAAAUCAGAUCGAUCUGCUGCCAUUUCAAUCGGAUCAGUAAAAAAAAAAGUUCAGAAUAAAAUAUAUUUUGAUAUUAA